AUGCCAAGAAAAAGAGAGAAUUUUUCAAAUGCCAAUUUGGAAAGUGCAAUAAAUGCAGUUCUUAAUGAAAGUCUGUCUAAAAAAUCUGCUGCAGCAAAGUUUAAAGUAUCUAGGUCAACAUUACAGCACAGGCUAAAAAAUCCUAAUUGUAAAAUUACUUGUGGACCUGCAACCGUACUGUCUAGUGAAGAAGAAACGGUACUUGAAAAGUGGAUACUACAAAGCUGUAGAAAAGGAUUUCCCCAACGAAAAGAGGAUCUUCAACUAAGUGUAAAACAAUUUUUAGACAAGAAUCAACGUUCAAGUCCCUUCUUAAAUAAUUAUCCAGGUAUUGGUUGGUAUAAAGCAUUCAUGCGCCGUAAUCCAAAAUUAUCUACCCGAACAAGUGAACAUGUGACUGCAGCAAGUGUGGGUAUAAGCGAAAAGGAUAUCAGAAAAUGGUUUGAUGAUAUUUACCAAUAUUUGGAAGAAGAAAACUUAUGUGACAUUUUAAAUGACCCUUCAAGAGAAUUUAACGGUGAUGAAACCGGGUUUUCUUUAUGUCUAAAAACAAAAACAGUAUUGGCUCCCAAGGGUUCUAAGGACGUGUAUGAAGUUGCUGUUUGGAAUGCAAAAGAAAAUUUAACUGUAAUGUUCACUUUUAGUGCUGCAGGAGUUAUGUGUCAUCCAAUGGUUGUAUUCAACUAUAAAAGAAUACCUCAGGAUAUUGUAAAUUCAGUACCUCCUUACUGGGGCAUUGGACAUUCUGAAAGUGGUUGGAUGAAAUCUGAAACUUUUUACGAAUUUGUUGCAAAUAUAUUUCAUCCAUUUUUGUAA